AUGGCCACUUUUCCUCCGUUGUAUUGCCCGCUGUUCAUUUCGGCCGUGGGACAAAAAUGACCUUUUCUUACCUAGCCAGAAAAUACCCGGAACUGUUGCCUUAUCUUUGCUUCGCGCAGUGCUGUGUAGCAGCCGACAUCUGUUGAUAUUCGCCGACCGGAUAGAAGGCACAAUGCAAGGCUCAUGUGUGAAGCCCCCCAUAAGCUACCGUAGCGUCGGAACCUACUACGCAGCCGCUCAUUUUCCAGAGGAAGUGCUUCGUUCGGCGCUCUCGUACAAACCACAUCCAGGGGACGUGUUCAUCGUGACGUACCCGAAAUGCGGUACCACGUGGAUGCAGUACAUCGUUCACUACAUCUACACCAACGGCGCACCGAUCACGUCGGUCGAAGACUUCUUACGCAGACAGCCCUGGUUAGAAAGGGUGGGAGCAGAAGGCCUAACCGGUUUGCCCCGGCCCGGCAGUGCCAUCAAGAGCCACAUGCCGUACGACCAAGACCGCGUCUCCAAGCAUGCCAAGUACAUCUACGUUGCGCGAAACCCGUACGACUGUUGCGUCUCCUUCUUUAACCACUUCAAGCACUUCCCCGUGCAUCGGUUUGAAGACGGGACAUUCGAGGAGUUCUUUGAACUCUUCAUGCUGGGUGAGGUCGACUUCGGUAGCUACUUCGAUCAUCUCCUGUCCUGGUACGGGCAUCGAGACGAACCGAAUGUGCUGUUCAUGACGUACGAAGACCUGAAGCAGGACACCAGGUUUUGGAUACAGAAGGUUGCAGACUUCCUCGGCAGUAGCUACGGCGAGAGUCUCCGGCACAGUCCAGAAGCCAUGGAACGAAUUGUGGAAGAGACUGGUGUGGCCAACCUCAGGAGGCUGGUCCAGAUGGAAAGGAAUUAUCAGCGCAAAGUCCUCACGGACACCCCGAGAGAACUGCUGCCGAGGUGGGCCGUUCUUUACCUGGACGUUGCGGGAGACAUGCUGAAGAGGCCGCUCGGCGGAGACUUCGUGAGGAAAGGAGUCGUCGGUGACUGGAGGAAUUACUUCACGGCGGAACAGACCGAAAGGAUGAAACGUAAAGUGCAAGAUGAGUGCCAAGGAACUGAUAUCAUGCAACUGUGGAAGCAUCUAGACAUCUGCUGAAGGCCUGAUUGUAGAUAGCCGAUCUAUUUUUGCUAAGUGAAUAUUUAAAUUUUCCCCGGGGACACAUCGACACGUUUAUGUGUCACAAGCAUGGCGAUCAACCCACAUGGAAAGUAUUUUCUCAGGGCCGUGUUUACCUGGCUGGAAUGAACAUUGAACGGACAACUAGUUAUAAUUUUGUGCGGCAAAAUAUGAGCUGUCAAUUUUAAUUAAAACAACACAAGAUGAGAAACCGCAAAGGAUAAAACAAAGGAUCUACCGCUGAAGUUUGCUGAUGUGGGACUGAAAGCAUCGUUUACGUUCCCUUUGGUCUUUGAACACUCAUUCACGUGUCACUUAGGUAGUUUUUCAUACGAGGUAACAUUACUGAAAUAAAUAAACCCGAAACGCGCUCGACACAUUUCUGUAAGCUUUUAAAAAUAAUAAAAGUUACCGGAAAACAAAAAUACCCCAGAAGGCCGUAGGAGAGGGGGCGAUGCUCCGAGGCAGUCGGAACUAUGGUACGUGAAACCUGUCUUCGAAGGGCGUGUUUGUUCUCACUUACCUGUCGUCUAUUGUAGGUUUCUUUUGUUGGGAAGCCCUGCCCCAUCAAAAGACCCCCUUGUACCGUCGGCGUUCUCAUUCCCAGCACAGGCAUGAUAUGUACUCAGUUCCAUUCCUAGAGCACCAGUCACACUGUGCUCGCACAUCAUACAAAAGAUGAUGACAGAACUACUAAUAUCUGCGGAAGCAUGUUUUCUUCAUUCAUCUGUAUGCUUCAAGCAUGUCCACAGACAAGUUUUGUAUGAAAAAAUGUGACCAUCGUG